CGUGUAUUACUACAAAAUAACAUGAUAGAGAGAGAUAUUAAACUGAAUAGAGUGUUUUUUUCAAGAAAUACCAUGUGCUCUUUAUAAAUAAUGUGUAAUACGAUAAAAUAAUAUGAUAAAAAAGAUAUAUUAUUCUAUAACAUGUAAUUCGAGAAAAAAACAUGUUAUAAAGGGCAUGUACGUAAUUACAUGUGCUUCCCGACAUGAUACCGACAAGUUACUGUAACGUAUGGCUAGUUUCUUAAUUAUACUAAAAAUUUGGCUAUUUUGUGCAUAAUCCCUUAAAUAUAGUUGAGAAAUUGUAUUAAAACAAACUAAAAAAGAAUUUGUUCAUAAAAAAACUAAAAAAGAAAAAGAGGAAAUAGACUAGCCUACCAUUGACUUUUAAAAUAGAUCUUGACGUAGACUGGUCUUACAAUAAUAAUUUAGCACAAAAGAUUUAGAGAGGGGCUAUAUGUGCUUUGUAUUUUAACGCGAACUUAGAUAAACUUUUAGUUCGAUUGGACUAAUAAGUAGAAGAAAGCUAAAAGUGAUCAAUGGAAGUCCCUUUGCUGACCGAGAAUGAUCACAUCGUCGACAACGUUACAACCCAUGGUGAUUCUUCCUCAAAUGAUGAGCGCAUCCUCGACAUACUUACAAUGAUCAAUGGCAGUUCUUCAUCAGCUGCUAAGCAAAUACCAUAUGAGUGGAGUGAAUAUUCUAUAGAUGCAUUCUCUUGGAAUUUUGUCGAGUUUGUUGCGACUUUGGUCAAGAUUGUCGCAGCCAUAGUUGUUUUGACUCUGACAAAAGAUGAACAACUUCCACAAAAAAUAUUUGUUAUGUUGGUCAUCAGUUAUACUUGUGGCUGUAUUGCCACUCUCCCUAUUCUCGGUUGGCGUUUCUUGCAGUACGACCCAAGUGUUAGGUCACACCGAAGAAUAAACGAGGUGAUGGACAAUUUGAAAAUGAUGCUUGGAUAUUUCUUCGUGGGUUGGAUUACAGUGGUUUUAUGGCAUCUUCUUAAUAACUCGUCAUCUCUAGAUUAUACCACGUCACUCUUCUGGUUAUGCUUGGCUUUCUUUGCUAUCAGUUGCAUUCUACAAGUGUUUCGUCAUUUCUACUGCUCGGUGAUGUGUUUUUUGCUUCCUAUGCUGUCGCGUUUUACCAAAGUUUUGGACUUCUUGGAAGACAUUGAUGAGAAGCUAAAUUAUAUUGUCUUGGCACUCUUUGUUUGCAUUUCAAUCUUUUUGUGCAUCCGCAAAAGUUGAUACAAAUAAUGGAUCAUGUCGUUUUUCUUCUUUCUUUUGCUUAACAAUGUUGUAAUACUCUAUCUAUUUAUUAAAUAAAUCCAAGUGCAUGUCAUGACUGAAUUCCCUCUUCCUGUAAUCGCUGGCAAAACUGAAAGACACGAUUUUUUGCAA